GUGUGUCCAGGGAACUCGUGAGGAGUAUCUGUUGGUUUAUGGCCGGAGGUGGGGGUGUUGUCCUAUUAUCGCAUUCCUAGGCCAUCUAGUGAGAAGAUAAGGUGUUCUCCUCUGUGCUUUGUUCUCUGACCUGGAACAGCAUUUAUUGAAAACAGGCUCCAAAUGGGUCUUGCACAACAUUUUAGUCAGACCAAUCUAUAACAAAUUAUAUUUACUACGACAGUAUUAAUUGAACACUUUCCAAGUUACAACUUUCUGAGCCAGUAUUUUCAUGAAUUGAGGAUAGUUAGCUAUUAGCUAACUAAGCGACACCUACGCCACUUUCCCCAAUCCUCUGAAUGCUUGUGAAGAGCUCAUGUGCAGCGCCAUGGACGUUCCGGUCCCACGGUCAGUCCAGGACUUGACAAGUACGGUUCUCAACCUCUCUCCGUCUCCUCUUUCCCUUGGCAUCUAUAGCUGACGCUCGGUCCUGUCUCAACUGAUUUAGUCUGUCUGCAGGCUAGCCUAGCGCGAGAACUACUACUACGAGAGCGUGUGAAGCAACCAAUAGAGCGAGCGGACCCCUCUGCUGGCCGAAACAUGCACAAAACCUCUUGACAAUUAUGUGGUCUUAUUUAUAUACAUAAUUGGAGAUAGACAACCCUUCUGCCUAGGAAGACUAAUAAAUAAAUGAUUGCAAAAUGUAAAAAGACCAUAUAUCUUACACCAUUGUCAUUGUCAAGCCAAAUAUUAUCGUUUGUUUGACAACACUGGUAUGAAAAAAUAUAUGCUUUGAUUUGUCAAUAUUAGUAUCCCCAGUAGCUAUAUGAAUAGAGUUAUACUAACUAACUCUAUCAAAAGUCUAGAAGUGAGUGUGCGGAGUGCAGACUGAUGAUGACCACCGGCUCCACGCUUCGAUUCAUGGCUCUUUCAGUUCUUGCCACCAGAGGGCAACAUUGAUACAUAAAACCCCACUGAAUCGAAGUGAAUUGGGUUACAUUACAUUUUAAACUUUUUAGAGAUUUCAUAUGUGAUCAGAACAUGUAUUAAUCUCUCGGCGUGGUCGCUGUGCGCUGUUGUAGUUGACAUAAUCGUGUAUGACGUAUUAUAUGAGCCUAUGACGUAAACGCAGUCAAGAAAUUAUUAAGUUGAUUGGCUCAGUUGAGUUGAUAGUUUGCGUAGGACAGUCAUCCUCAUGUUCAAAGACAUUACUUUGCCUGGACAAGAAAUUCUGUGUAACUGUAUGUACAGCUAAAUUUACCAGGAUUUUAUUGAAAAUGUUAGAAAAUUGAAGAUAAAAAUGUAUUUGUUUAUAAUUUUUCUAUCAUGGUACAGGUCCAAUCUGAAGGAUGUUUUAAAAUAAAAUGGGUAAAAGUCAUAAACGGUUGAGGAGAGUUUGUCUAAAGGUAAGUCUCAUAUAAGAAAAUAAAAAAAGUGAUCUGUGUGUCUCUGUAAUGGGGAAAUAUUUUUAGUAUUACAGCCAUAUGCUAGGGGUUUUAAAACCUCUCCUUGAGGACCCCCAGACGUUCCACUGUAUUCCACAGCUAGCACACCUAAUUCAACUUGUCAACUAAUCAUUAAGCCCUUGAAUAGGUGAAUCAGGUUUGCUUGUUUAGGGCUACAACAAAAUUGUGAAAUGUCUGGGGUUCCCCAAGGAGAGGGUUGAAAACCACUGGCCUAUGCAAAAACAGACUGAUAUGCUUUAUGUUUGGAAAAGUGGGCAUAAAAAUGGAGGGCUCAAGUGUAAUUUAUUUCAUUACAUUCCUCUACCCCAGGCUGGGACCCUCCAAGUUAGUGCUGGAGAACAGGUGCUUCAGACAGAUGACCAUAAUGGACCAAGGCUGCCAGCACUGGUGGACUGCCCCAAGAACAGCCCCCUAAAGAACUUCGUGCCGAAGCCCCCACGAGGCCCCAGGCUGAGCGAUCAGGCCAAGAUGGCCAAGGUCGAAAAGAACGCCAGAGAGGCCGUGGAGUCCAGAAAGGACAGAGAGGCCAAGGCAGCGGCGAAAAAACCAAGCCACCAAGUAGUUGGUGUGUUGGCGCUGCCUCCACCUCUUCUAUCUCCAACAACCAGUUACAGUGUCCUGCCAGCUAUCAAGAACACUAAAGUGACGAAGGUGGAGACAACAGUGCCACCAGGCCCCAUGACACCUGAGGAUGAGGUGAGAAUGAACUCCUCUCCAUCUGUUGAUGACCCCCUUACCCCAGAGACCCCAGAGAGUGAUGUCACCUCCGAUGCCACUUCUCUGGCGGACACACCCCGUGAGAUGACACCUGAGAACGUAGAGGAGGCGUCUUCUCUAGAGGACUUCCUGAAGUCUCACCCUCAGAGAAAGCGCAUCAGGAAGUUCCUCAAACAAAUGAAUGUGACCAUAGAGGACCUGGAGGACAUGUCCUAUGCGUUCCUCCUGCCAGCGAUAGCUCUGCUCAGGAUCUCCAGUCCAGAAUCAUCCAACUGCUCCUUCCGGGGGUCAGGGGUGCUGAAGAUCGUCUCGGAGACGUUCCACCGGCGGAGCUCUGAGCCAAAGGGGAGGCUCAGGGGCGGGCAGCCCCCCACGCCCAAUUCUGAGACAGACAAGGAGCUUCAGGGUACAGCAGACAUGGUUGUGAGUAAUAUCCUGAGGAAUGCCCAGGAGGACCUCUUCUCCUCUGGUAUGAAUGACCUGGAGACCACCAAUCCAGGCAUCGCUCUGACCGAAGAGAGGCUCUCCAGUAUCUUCUCAGAGCUGUUUAGGGACGCCUGUGAGAGUGCCCAGGAGGCCGCCAGACGGAUCCACCACACGAGGUCCGGAAGAGGCAACAAAAGCCGGAGUGGGAGUUGCUCUGGGUCAUCACAGGGAUCGAGCCGGUCCAACAUGCCAGAGCUGGUAGAGUGUGUGGAUGCUCAGCCACUAUCUCUGGAACAUCCAAAUGUGUCCUGCUCCAACAGAAGCUCUGGGUCCUCACAGGGAUCGAGACGGUUCGACCUCUGUCAUCAGGCAGUGGAGAUGGAGAGGGUUUAUCUCCAGAGAGACACACCCCACUCCAGUGUCAGUGUGAGAGAACUGGGGUCAGUGAGGAGGGCCAAGAGAAGGGAUGUCCAUAAAGCCCUCAGUGAGGGGUCCCUCAAUGUCUUUGCCCUGUUCAGGGAGAGGGCAGGGGAGAUUUGGCAGACCAGCACAUGGGACAUGGAGCAGACCCAGCCUCCCAGCACCCCCACAUCCAGCGAGGAGGAUUUGUGGGACAGCGACUCCAGCUUGUCUCAUGGGGUUGGGGAGGAGGAGAGGGGCAGCUCCCUGAUCCUGACCCCCCAGGCCUCCACCUCACUCUCUGAUCAAGACAAGAGAGCACUAGAGGACGUCUGCCAGAUCCUGACCGCCUUGGUGGAAAAGAGGCUGAACAGGACCUGCAACGACAAUUACAGGGCCAGUGUCAUCAUCCAGAAAGAGGAAGAAGAGGAGUUGGUCACGAGUGUCAUGACUGUCUUACACUCAGAGCCCUCCACCUCAACCAAGGCAGCACGGGCAGCUCCUGCACAGACCCUGAAGUUCAACCCCUGUCUGGAUGAAGAUGAGGUGGUCCCCAGCACCUCCAUGGGUGCGGGAUUCCUGACGACCACUCAGGCAGCAUGGGCAGCUCCUGCCCAGACCUUGGAAGAAGAGGUCGGGGGAGCUGAUGUCUCUGAGGUGAGUACCAGCUCCCUGACCCCCACCGAGGCCAGGCAGGGCCUCCUGGGGAAGAUUCCCUCUCUCCUUCCGGGUGAGAUCCUCAUCGAGGAGGACAUCUCCUUUCGCAGCACUCCCAGGAACACCGUCAUGAGCCCCCAGACCCUGAAGCUUAUCCUCCAGGGCAUCAUGCGCCGACUGGAGGCCUCAGAGUUCCCCCAGGCCAUGAUGGCCAACGACCCCUUCAGGCUGAUGAAGAAUCUCUUUGUGGAGGUCCAGCAUGCCCUGAAGUAUGCUGACAUCUCUGUCCUCUUCAGCCUGGAGGAGAGCAUCCAAUUUAGGGGGGAAGAUGCAAUGAAGGCCAUCGUGAAGGCUGCGGCUAAAAGGUUGUCCCUGCGUUCGGAUUCCAACCGGCGUGCCGCACGCUAUGGUGGCGAGGUAGCCGUCUGUUGCAUGGCAGAUACCAUCGCGCACGUCAUAGGCGACUACGCCCAGGACUGGAGUUCUGACGGCCAUUUUGGAGCGAGGAGGAGCCUUGGUAGUGGGAGGUCACGCUCCUCUUCAAGCUCCUCAAAGAGUGACAUCACCCUCACAGAGGAACUCUUGGCCCAGGGGGAAACCCUGGAAGAGGACCAAGAGGAGGUGGCUGCGAUCGACGACAACGAGAAAUGUGACUCUGCUAGCUUGGAGAAGGCCAGCAGCAGCUCCCUCUCCGCAGACCUUGUGGACAGCACCUCCACACAGAAGACAGUGAAGGACGAGGCUGUGAAGGAAGGAGUGAGGAAGUCAGGAGAGGGGAAGCGAGGUCGCAAGAAGACCCUGAAGAAGAACAAGGUGUCUCCCCUUGGCACUGAUGAUACCGUGGCUGAUGAGCCGGGGGGAAAACGAUCUCUCCUCCUGAGGAUUACAGCUGCCCUGGCAAAACUAUUUUGCUUCCCCUGCAAAAAGAGAAGCGGCAAAAAGUAGUUGUGUGGGUAUACCCACUUAGAGCACUUCAGUGCACUUGCCUCCUCUCCACAAACCCAGAGUCAACUCACAACCCAUUUCAUGAUUCCAACCAUACCCCCACGCUAUUGUGGCGAGGGAGCCAUCUGUUACAUGGCAGACACCAUCGCACACGUCAUAGAUGACCAUGCUGAAGAUUGGAGCUCUGACGGCCAUUUUGGAGCCAGGAGGUAGUAGUGACAUCACCCUCACCAAGGAGCUCUUGGCUGAAUGGGCCAAGGAAGCGGACCAAGACGACGUGGCUGAUGAUGAAACUGGCAUGACAAUACCCCCCCCAAAUAACAAACCAUUACAAACCAUGAUGAUUCCUCCCAUAGCCCGGCCCGGACCUAUUUAAUUCAAUAAACAUGUACUUGCAUCUAUUUUGAACCUCUUUUUUUGUUUUUAACAGGCCUACUGUAGACUACAAAUUAUUAAGUGCAAAUUGAUGUGUGUACUGCAUCAAUAUUAUGAGUUCACUGUGCCAGUCAUUAUGAGUUCACUAUGCCAGUCAUUAUAGUUAAUCUAGGCUUUAACACUCUUAACUGUAUUGGUAUUGACACAAUACGAGUUACAUUUGAGUAUUUUCUAAAUUUGUGUUUCUGAGGGAAUACAUCUGCAAUAUACUGCUAAUAAUGUUAAUCGAGAGGGAAAAAUACUUCUGGAAAUGUACAAAAAAGAAUAGAUCAUAUUCUUGCCUUUGACAGUUUAGAUCAUUCAAAUGUAAUAGCUUCAGGGUUGUGGAGGUCAUAGUCUCUUAUGACGGCUACCAAAGUCCAUCCUGCUUUCACCACUCGCUCACACUAGUCCAAUAUCUUAACCUCUCCCUCAGUGGCGGCUCCUGAAAAAAUUCUCAGGAGGGGCAAUUUUUCUGAUG